GGCAAUUUUCAGAACUUCUCUUACUUUUAAUAAACGAUGAAGUUAUCGGUAAUUGCAGCAGUUACUAUUGCUUCGAGUAUUGGCUCAAUUGAAGCGUUACACAUUCCAAAUUUUGGUUCUUAUGUUGAUAAUGUUCAACAAAGAUUAGGAUUUGACUUUGAUAGAAUUACUUCUCAAUAUCAUGACGUUGUUAAGUCAUUUGAUUUUGGAGAAAGUAAUGUUUUAGAAAAUAUUGCUAAAUAUUUGAAACAACCAAAGGAAUACAUUCCAAUGGAAACCAAGGAAUUAUGGCUGGAAAUGAUGAUGAAAUUCCCCGAUACUAUUAGUUCGAUGGAUUUUAAGUCUAAGCCAAAGAAGUUCACUAAACAAUUGAAAGAUAAGUUUGAUUUCCAUGUUAGUGAUGCUAAGCAUCCAAAUCAUGAAUUGAGAGUUAAGAAGACUCCAAAAAGUUUAGGUAUUGAUAAAGUUAAACAAUAUAGUGGUUACUUGGAUGUGGUUGAUGAAGAUAAACAUUUCUUUUAUUAUGUAUUUGAAUCUAGAAACGAUCCUAAAAACGACCCAGUUAUUUUGUGGUUAAAUGGUGGACCAGGGUGUUCAUCAUUAACUGGUUUAUUUUUUGAAUUGGGUCCUUCAUCAAUUGGUGAAGAUUUGAAACCAGUUCAUAACCCGUAUAGCUGGAAUAAUAAUGCUACGGUUAUCUUUUUAGAUCAACCAGUCAAUGUUGGUUAUUCUUACUCUUCCGAAUCAGUUUCUUCGACUAUUGCUGCUGGUAAAGAUGUUUAUGCCUUUUUGGAAUUAUUUUUCAAACAAUUCCCAGAAUAUAAUAAUUUACCAUUUCAUAUUGCUGGUGAAUCUUAUGCUGGUCACUAUAUUCCAGCAUUUGCUCUGGAAAUUUUAAAACAUGAAGAUCGUCACUUUAAUUUAACUUCAGUUUUAAUUGGUAAUGGUUUAACCGAUCCUUUAACCCAAUAUAAAUACUAUGAACCAAUGGCUUGUGGUGAAGGGGGAGAACCUUCAGUUUUAGAACCAGAAGCUUGUCAAUCCAUGGAAGAUGCCAUUCCAAGAUGUUUAUCCUUGAUUAACUCUUGUUAUGAAUCUAAUUCUAUCUGGUCUUGUGUUCCUGCCACCAUUUAUUGUAACAAUGGUCAAAUGGGUCCAUACCAAAGAACCGGUAGAAACGUUUAUGAUAUCCGUACCAUGUGUGAAGGUUCUAGUUUAUGUUAUAAAGGCUUGGAUUAUAUUAGUGACUAUUUGAAUUUACCUGAAGUUAAAGAAGCUUUGGGUGCUGAAGUUGAUGAAUAUGAAUCUUGUAAUUUCGAUAUUAAUAGAAACUUCUUAUUAGCUGGUGAUUGGAUGAAACCUUAUUUCAAAGCUGUCACCGAUUUAUUAGAAGAAAAAUUACCAGUCUUAAUUUAUGCCGGUGAUAAAGAUUUCAUUUGUAAUUGGUUGGGUAACCAAGCAUGGACUAACGCUUUACCAUGGUCCCACCAAUCAGACUUUGAAUCAGAAAAAAUUAAAGAUUGGAAAGUUGGUAAGAAAUCGGCCGGUGAAGUUAAAAACUACAAGCACUUUACCUUCUUGAGAGUUUUCGGUGGUGGUCACAUGGUUCCUUAUGACCAACCAGAAAAUGCUUUAGAUAUGGUUAACACCUGGUUAGCUGGUAAUUACGGUUUCCAAUAGUUGAUUCAUAUACUAUCUAGUUUUUUUUUUUUAAAUCUGAUUUUUAUGUCUGCAGAACCUCAGUGAGAGUGUUUUGCAAUUUCAAGUAUACGU